AAAGGUUGAGAUUGAACAGAGUGAUCUCCCGAGAAAUCUAACGCAUCGAAUACUGAAAUUCUGUGUGGGAAGGAAGGAAGAAGGGACCGGGACCCCCCAAAAAAAGUAUAUAUACAAUGGGUUAGGUGCAGCGCAGACUGCAGAGGGGCAACAGUGCAAUUUGAUUCCAAAAAAAGCUCAAUUCAAAAGAGGAAGCCGACCCGAAAUGGAAAUUGGGAACGUUGGAAUUACAGAGGUUUCAAAACCCACCAAUUCGGAAGCUCAAAUUUCCCACCUUGCUCUCGAUAUUGGAGGUUCUCUGAUAAAGUUGGUGUAUUUCUCAACGAACAGUGACGAUUCGUCUUCUUCGAAUGAUAGCUUAGCAGCUUCUAAUGGCGAUAGAGGGCGUCCUGUUCUUGAAGGGAAGCUCCAUUUUGCAAAGUUUGAAACUCAGAAAAUCAAUGACUGUAUAGACUUCAUUCGAUCCAAGCAACUUCGCCUUACUGGCUCUGAACAACACGGAGCUUCUGGGAGCGCGAAGUGCGUUAUUAAGGCCACAGGUGGUGGGGCAUUCAAGUACGCAGAUCUCUUUAAAGAAAAGCUUGGGAUUUCUCUUGACAAGGCAGAUGAAAUGGACUGUCUUGUGGCCGGAGCAAAUUUUCUGCUUAAGGCAGUUCACCCUGAAGCAUUCACAUACAUGGGUGGUCAGAAAGAAUUUGUGAAGAUUGACCAUGAUGAUCUAUAUCCCUAUCUGCUUGUCAAUAUUGGUUCUGGUGUCAGUAUGAUCAAGGUAGAUGGACCUGGUAAGUUUGAGCGAGUAAGUGGAACCAAUGUUGGUGGUGGCACCUUUUGGGGUUUGGGGAAGCUUUUAACAAAGUGCAAGAAUUUUGACGAGUUGCUGGAGUUAAGUCAUCGGGGAAAUAAUAGAGUGAUAGACAUGCUUGUCGGGGACAUCUAUGGUGGAAUGGACUAUACAAAGAUUGGUCUGGUAUCAACAGCCAUUGCUUCUAGCUUUGGCAAAGCAAUUUCUGAUAAUAAGGAGCUGGAAGAUUACAAACCUGAAGAUAUUUCUCGAUCCCUCUUAAGAAUGAUUUCAAAUAAUGUUGGACAGAUCUCAUACUUGAAUGCACUGAGAUUUGGGCUCAAGCGAAUAUUCUUUGCUGGAUUUUUCAUUCGGGGCCAUGCUUACACCAUGGACACGAUUGCUGUUGCCGUUCAUUUCUGGUCUAAAGGUGAGGCAAAAGCAAUGUUCUUAAAACACGAAGGAUUUCUUGGAGCAUUGGGUUCAUUCAUGAGCUAUGAAAAGCAUGGUUUUGAGGACUUGAAAGUCCAUCAGUCGGUGCAACAAUACCCAGUUGGUGCAUCCCUCGGAGGUGAUACGAGUCAUGAUCCACCAAAUGAGGACUUGAACGAAAACCAAAGUAUAGACUGCAGCGUCUACCUGUCAUAAUAAUUUGCGCUGGCUUCUCCCCCGGGGCUUGGAUGCUCGAAUCUAAAGGCAAUUCUUGGUUGCCUGUCUGCAUUCCGUGGAGUUCAAAGGCUUGAAACUUCCGUAGCGUAUGUAACAUUGUCGAUAAAAUACUAGGACAUGUAUUCAAAACUAAAAAGAGAAAAUUUCAGAUGGAGAAGGAGGAAAACUUUAUAGCAGCGCAUAAUGUAACUUCACUUGUUCGAUUUUGAAUUGUGAUCAUCCGUCUAGGUUUUGUAUCUUGUCAAGAAACUGUAACUGCGCAUCGUUGUUCAAUAAAAUGAAUUCUCAACUGUUAUUACAGUUUUGCUUUUA